AUCACCAACCAACACCAGAAUCCUUCAACGCAAGAACUCGAAGACUCAGUCUCCGCCAAGCGGUUAAAUCGAUUGACAUCUCGUGUUCUUUUCUAAAUCCAUCAAUUUACCCAAUCAGUCAAGAUGAAGCACCUGGCGGCCUACCUCCUGCUUACCCUGGGCGGCAACGAGAAGCCCUCUGCUAGCGACAUCCAGAAGGUCCUGGAGUCUGUUGGCAUUGAGGCCGACUCUGACCGCCUGGACAAGCUCAUCUCUGAGCUUGAGGGCAAGGACAUCAACGAGUUGAUCUCCGAGGGUAGCACCAAGCUUGCUUCCGUUCCCUCUGGCGGUGCCGGUGGUGCCAGCGCUGGUGGCGCUGCUGCCGCCGGUGGUGCCGCCGAGGCCCCCAAGGAGGAGGAGAAGAAGGAAGAGGAGAAGGAGGAGUCCGACGACGACAUGGGAUUCGGUCUGUUCGACUAAACGUCUGGAUACCACUUCUCCAAUUCACAAAAAAAAUGAUACACACAUCACGGGGGUGCUCACGCGUACCAUUACGGGCCUACUAAGACCGUUCGUCAUCUCAUGCCAGAAAGGAGCAUUGAGGCGAUAUGACGGGCUGCAGCAAAGUAGUUCAUGAGGAAGCAGGCAAAUCAAAACACAGACUUCAUGACCCUUCGA